AUGAAACGACAUCAUCCAUUCCACUUUUUUCUCAUUUUUUUACUUGUAAACUGUGCAAGGGGAAAACUGACAAAUGACGACAGUGUCGCUAGUUCACAAUCUCGCGAUUUUGGAAAAGAUAUGGACGAACUAGAUUUGAGUGGUUUAGAAAAUGAUAUUGAAAAUAUUGAGGAAAUCGCUUACAGUGAUAGGAACUACCAGUUUGUAACUCAAAUGUAUGUUUAUGUUCGUGUGGAUACAAAAUAUAAAAAAUAUUUGAAUCACCUUCAACUCAUAAGCCUUGGAGAGAAAUACAUGACUCUACUACAAAAUGCAAUGAUGCAUGUCCAAAUUAAAAAGACAGGAGUUGGAGUAUUUACAUGUUUUUAUCAAGACAAAGCCAUUAAGGAAAACUUAGUUACAUAUUUCUUAUUGCAGAAAGAAGUGGAUUUUGUUGAAGUUGGGUUUGACACAAAAUUCCCAGAAGGAAGAGACUCUCCGAUCACUGAUGCGGACAGAAGGAUGGCAUUGCAGGGCCAAACAAAUGACGAGUUGUGA